AUGGGAGAUCGUAGGAGAUGUUUGUCGCCUUUAACCUCAUCAACCUUUCACUGCCCCAAGCCUGAUGUCAAUCCAUUGUCAAUUGACUCAGAACUCUGGUUAAUGGCUGAGCAUAGAAUCUUUGAGAUUUUGUGUUGUAUUCAACCUGCUUUGGCAUCUGAGAAGAAGAGGGAUGAGGUUAUUUCAUACGUUUCGAGGUUAAUUAAAGCUCAUUACAGAAGUGAGGUUUUUGCGUUUGGAUCGGUACCCUUGAAAACCUAUCUACCAGACGGAGAUAUUGACCUGACUAUACUCAGCCACCAGAAUACAGAGGAAGGAAUGGCUGAGGGUGUGUCUGAUAUCCUCCAGGGUCAUGAGCACGACCCAAAAUUCGAUGUGAAGAAUGUCCAAUAUAUAGAAGCUCAGGUCAAGAUCGUAAAGUGUUUGGUGAAUGACAUCUCUGUGGAUAUCUCUUUCAAUCAAAUGGCAGGUCUUUCCGCUCUCUGCUUUCUGGAGCGGGUUGACCAAAUUUUGGGGAAUGAUCAUAUUUUGAAACGAAGUAUUAUCUUGAUAAAAGCCUGGUGCUUUUACGAGAGCCGAAUCCUUGGUGCUUACCAUGGAUUGAUUUCAACAUAUGCUUUGGAAAUAUUGGUUGUGCAUAUAUUCAACCUGUUCCAUUCGUCCUUGAGUGGUCCUUUAGCAGUUCUGUAUAAAUUUCUGGACUACUAUAGUUCUUUCGACUGGGACAACCAUGGUGUGUGCAUAAAUGGCGUAUUUAAAAUAUCUUCUCUUCCAGAUAUAGUGGUGGUACCUGCAGAGAAUGGAAGUCGAUUGUUGCUUGGGCCUGACUUUUACAACUACUGUAAAGAAACAUUUGCUAUUCCUGUUAAAGAACUUGACAGUGGGAGGCAUGAUUUUGUUGUUAAGCACAUCAACAUCGUGGACCCUUUAAAAGAUAGCAACAACUUGGGGCGAAGUGUUAGUCGAGGCAAUCUCCACCGGAUAAAAUGUGCCCUUACCUUUGGGGCUCAGAAGCUUCGAGGAGUCCUCAACGGACCAGGAGAAUAUAUAGGCAUGGGAUUGGAGAAAUUUUUUGCGAACACUCUAGGCAGGAAUGGGACAGGACAAAGAGCUGAUGCUAACAGUCCAGUACCUGCAUUUGGCACUGGAAGAAGUGACGCAUGUGAUCUCAAUGGAGACUAUGACAGAUGCCAUAGUGGUCUGCUGCAGGGGCAGUGGUAUCACAAUUACAGACUACCGGAUCAUUUUCAUAACAUUCCUUCAACGCUGCUGUCUCCUUCAGAAAUCUUGACGAAGAAUAGUCAAAUAUUUUCUUGGACUGGGCAAAAUGGUCAUCCUCAGAAAGGCACCAAAGCAUUUUUGCAACGAGGGCUGCCAGGGCUUUGCCCUUGCCCUUCAAAACGCUGUACUACUGGCAUUGAUGGGUUAGGAAAUUUAAGAGGUACGGGCACAUACAUUCCCGAUAUGGCUCGUUAUAAAGAAAUAUGGUCCAGGACGAAGAGCCUUGAGAAUCAAGCUUUUCUUAAUCAGGGAGCACCAUGUCAAUCUCCUGAGAUGACUUACCAAGUCCUUGCUCAAGCUGAAGCUAACAGCUGGAUUGAUCUCCGGCCAGAGAGUUUCCCUUUGCUUCCCUCUAUCAACGGAUCAUCCAAUUUAUUCAGUGGUAACCAGGUGCAUCAUGUUGGUGAUCAUGGCUUUUUGCAUCAUCUCACCGACGAGUCUAGUUCCUCUUCGGGGCAAACAGAUUUCAGGACUUCCAGCGAAUCAUCAUCAUCAUCAUCGUUCUUUCCGGCAUCAGACCCAGAAGCUUCAUUGGUUGGUGGGGACCAAGUUGAUGAUUCUCUUUUCUCAUCCAGUCUGGCUUUUUCUAUGGCAGAACACGAGAAACUGGAGGAAUUAAGGGUUGCAAGAGAAGAAGAAUACUGUCAAUUGAAGGAGGAGGAUUUCCCUCCCCUGCCCAGUUAUGUGGUUGAGCCCAAUAGUGUUGCAAGAGAAGAAGAGUGCCAAAUGAAGAACCUGGAUUUCCCUCCUCUAGCAGGCAAUUCUUUGGUUGUACCCUGUCGGGUUACAAGUGAAAAAGAGUACCCACUGGAGAACCAGGAUCUCCCUCCUUUAGUUCGCGUCUCUGUGGUUGAGCCCUGUAGGGUUACAAGAGAAGAAGAGUAUCAACUUAAGAACGACGACUUCCCUCCUUUGGUAAGCAAUUGCGUUGUGAAGCUGUGCAAGGUUGCAAGAGAAGAAGAGUCGCUUCUGAAGGAGAAGGAAUUCCCUCCUUUAGGCAUUGCUGUAGGGCUGCAGGAGAAGAAGAAGAAUAUGUACUGA